AUGUUUUGGAGAUGCUCUACAGUUGAAGGAUCUUGUCCACCUCCACUUAAUGUCCACCGACUCAAUAAGCAUCCGUCCAUACACCUCUCUCUUCUUCUGUAUCUCUCUACGUCUACUACUCACCUUCCCCACCUUGGUUUGAUCCUCCACCGGCUUCCGUCCGAAGCAACUCCAGACCACCCUCUCCACCCUUCUAAUUUGUCGUCUGAAGGACACAAACGAGAGAACGAAGCAAUUAGAUCUUCCGAUUUCCCGAUCGGUUUACCUAAUCUCGGGUUGGAUAUACAGAGCAAUCUUGGCCAUGGGAAAGAAGAAAAUGCACAUGAAUUUUUAAGGUAUGCUAUUGAUACUUUGCAAUCCGCCAGUCUUAAGGAAGCUGGAAAAAAAUCUUCCAACUCCUUAGAAACAACUCUAAUCGGACUUACAUUUGGUGGUUAUCUAAGAUCUAAGUGCAUGACAUGUGUACUAGAUAGUGAAAAAAAGUGUAAAUCCUAUGAGAAAGCCAAAAAGGAAUUGACAUUGUUGGAAGCGCCAAAUGUGCUUACCAUUGCAUUAAAGCGAUUUCAGAUGUUGGUUGGGUGCUCUGUUGGGGGUAUGGUUGAACAAUAUACUAUGAUUGAUUCAUCAUUAGGACCACCGACUGAGAAAUAGAAUGAAAUCUAAUUCAAUCCCGCAAAGCGGGUGGGUUCUUCCCUAGUUGGAGCUCUAAAGGACAAGUAUAAUACUGAUGAUCUCAUUUGGAAGGAACGAUGAUUGCGAUGGUGGUGUGUGGUAGUUCUUGGUAGAGUUUGUGUUUGACUUCUUAAAAUAUGCAAAUUAGUCUAUUGGAUUGUAUUAUAUUAUGUUGUGAAUUUUAUGUAUUAAACUAAACACUAACUGUAUUAAUUUGUAUAUUUUAUAUAAUUUUUGUUUUAAAAUAUGAACAAAGGUAUGUAUAAAAAUAUUAAAUUUUGUAUUAGUG